AUGACGAAGUGUUGGAACCCGCAAGCCAGCCAGCAGCCGCAUCGGUUUUUUUGUUUGCCAGAAACCAACAUCCAUGCAAGCCUCUUGAACCCUCCUCUUUUGACAUUCCCAUAUCGCGAUACCAUCAACCGACCCCUUCUCCUUCUUAACCCCAUAACAACCAACCCCCAAAUACCACCCAAAAUGUUCGGAUUCGGCCAACCCAAGCUCUCCUCCGAGGAGAAGAUCGCCGCCGUCGAGAACGAGAUCAAGGUCAUGACCGAGAUGCAGACCCGCAUGGCCAAGAUCUGCUCCCAAAAGUGCCUCGACUCUACAUACCGGGAAGGCGAGCUCUCCAAGGGCGAGGCCUCGUGCCUCGACCGGUGCAGCGCCAAGUUCUUCGAGGCGCACACCACCAUCUCGGAGCAACUCCAAAAGGAGCAGGCCGCCAAGGGUGGCAUGAUGGGGCGGUAA